AGACACAAAUUUGCUCUAGCUUCUGUAGCCCUGGUAGAACAAAACAAUUCAGAAAAACUUCCUAUUGAUAUCAUGUAUGAUAUAUGUUGCUUGGUACAUCCAUCAUUUAAGAGACUUUUUCCUUUCUUGGAGGAAAGGGAAUCCCGCUUUGCGGUAAGUGUAUUUCACGCUUUCGCGCAUAUUUGGGAAUGUCAAGCUCUUUUUCAUCCUCGAUAUAUUAAAGGGUGGGGCUAUACUGACGGCGAAGGUAAUUAA